UAAAACAACGCGAGAUCUUCGAGGGGAGAGAGAUUCAGAGAGAGGAACCGUUAAUACCGGCGACGGCGGCUCGAGCCAGAACCCGAUUCUCUCUCCACGAAUCCGCUGAACAAAGCGAAGGGUUCCAUGCUCUUGAGACUGCACAGAAACAUUACAGCUUGGUGGAGGUAUGACAUUAACCAGGGGCUCCUUCACUUAUUCAAGUGGAGAAGAAUACACCGGGGAAUGGAAGGAAGGUCGGAGGCACGGUAAGGGCGAGCUGAAGUUUGCUGAUGGUACCUGUUAUAAAGGUCACUUUGAGAAUGGCCUGUUCCACGGAUCAGGGGUGUUAGUCUUUCCCGAUGGAUCCAGGUACGAGGGAGAAUUUGCCCAGGGAAAAUUCCAAGGCGUCGGAAUCUUCAGCAGGUUUGACGGGAUGAAAUUUGAAGGGGAAUUCAAAAGUGGCCGUGUAGAAGGACAUGGACUGCUGACUUUCCCAGACGGCUCCCACGGUGCUCCGCGGAACGAGGGAAUGUUUGAGAACAACAAGCUUCUGAAACGUGAAAAGUGUCAGGCCGUGGUGCAGCGAGCCAAGAACUCAGCGUCCACUGCCCGCAGCCUCUCUGUAUGACAAACUGACCUCAGUGAGAGCACCCCCUAACUCAGGCCACCCCCCGAGUACAUUACGGACUGUACGGUCACUAGUAAAAGGAGCAAAUCUGAUUGUGGAUCUGCGUUCAGGGGCGAUCUCUGCCUUCACCACUCAACGGAGCUCAAACAAAAUGUGAGACCCAUCAAACCCUCAGGGACGGAUGAAAGUGUUUCCAUUCCUCACGUCUCUAUUUCACUCACAUUGUUGCUCUGCCUUGGUUUCCUCUGUGGCUUAAAACAUCGUAAAAUGAUGGACGUUUGUUAUGGAGGCACGGAUAAACUCAAGUCACCAUCGGAGGUACGGAAAUGUGGUCAGUGUGGUAAAUGAACUCGAUUUGCCUUUGUCAGUCUGCUUCUGCGAUUGUAUCACUUACAGUAUGUUUGUCUUUAUCUUUACUAUUGUUGCUGUUUGUGUUAUAAAUCAAUAUUGUCUUUAUUGCACAUUUGCCUUAGUUAUUGCAUUAAACGUCAGUAUUGCUGCUGGAUUAAAAUCUUUCUUGUUACCGAUGUGAACAGUGGUGAGGGAAAGGUUUCAGCUACUUAUUCUAAUUGUUUUAUUUAUUUGUUCAUUUCAUUCAUUUGAAAUGAGAACAUAUGAUUUACUAACACAUUAUAUAUUGUGAAAUAAUGGUUUUAGUUGUACUGAUUUAGGUGUUUACACUUUAUUUUACGAACUGACUGCUAAAGGUUCACUGUUCCCAUCAUCCGCAGUGUCAGACAGAAGCCUUAGUCACUAUCAUCUAAAAUAUACUGACACCAAAAAGAAUUUUGCACUGUUAUUUAUUAAUUUGAGCAGAGAAUCAAGACUGACAUGAAAAAUAAAAUGAAAUAAAAGUCAGAAAAGAGUCACCUAUUCUA